AUGGCAUCCGACGACGUUCCAGAUGAGCACGACGGAAUCCAUGCCAGCUUCAGUUUUAAGUCAAGGAACUCGGAGAAGGACGACACUGCGGAAAGCCAAAGGCUUGACCCAGAGCCUCCCCAAAGCAACAUGGCCGCUGUUGUAGGCGUUGUUUCAGGACUGCAGCUCUUCAAUCCCGACUUGCUCCGUGCCGUUCCCGCCUGGGUGGCACUGAGACACUUGAGGAGAGUGUGCCUGCGGCCUGGAGCUCAAAUCGCCCCUGCGGACUUGUUUGCGCUCAGCCACGAGGUGAAAUCCAUCAGCGAGUUCUGGUCACACAGCUGGCGCGCGCGGCUCUCGGUGAAGUUCUACUUGCUGCUCCUGCUCAAGAAUGGCUGCGCGGCAGUUUGUCUGGGCACCAUGGCCUCCAUUCUCGUGGCCUUCUUGUCCUACGAAGACCUCCUCCCCGGGUGGUACAAAGCGGACAGAAUCGAAGUAGGUAGAUUUGACGGGAAAGUGAAGGCCAGCCCCCUGGUGAUCCUGAGCGGCUUGAUUGCCUCUUCUCUGACGCUCUUCCUCUGGCGAUCGGGAGAUCGCGUGUUCCUGGACCAGCUAUGCAUUCACCAAGGUGACUCAAAACUGAAGGCGCAGGCCCUGGUACAGAUUGGCGCCUUCCUGAAGAACUCCAGGAAGCUCGUGGUCGUCUGGGACCCGACCUACCUCUCCAGGGCGUGGUGCGUCUUUGAGCUGGCGGCCUUCCUCCAUAGCCACGAAGACGAGAAGCCGGCGCGGGUUGUGGUCAAGCCCAUUGUGUUUGCACCAGCUGCGUUCGUGAUUUUGAUUGGGGGAGUGCUGCUCAUGACCUUCGAGAUCUGCCUCCCAAAUACAAAUGACAUCUUUAUGCUGAUGGGGGCGCUGUACCUCAUUGCCUGGGGCUUGCUGGUUGCUCACUUGCUUGAGGAUUUCUGGCGCCACGUCGAUGUUGCUGAGGAGCAGUUUCGCACCUUCAGCUGGCAAAGUGUCACGUGCGAUUGUUGCUCCAUGAACCACCUCGGACCAGAUGGAGAGGUCAUUGUGUGCGACAAAGAGAUAUUGACGCGCUGCCUCAUCGAGUGGUUUGGGUCCCAGGAGGCCUUUGAAAGCCGCGUCCGGACCAGCGUGCGCGACAGCUUCUUGGGCCCGAUCACCCGUGGGUUUCCAUUGGGUUACUCGUGGCAACUUGGGGCCAACUCGUAUCUCGCUUGGGGCAUGGCCAAUCUUUUCGCGAGCAGGGCCCAUGCAGGGGCAGGCGAGUUUACCGUGGUGGUUCCGAUCUAUUGUGUGGUGUGGUGGUUGUGGUUGGCGCCAAUUCAAUACUUCACGCUGGGGCAAAUGGCACGAUGGAUACAUAAGAAACACGUGGGGAAGCUUAGCCGUCCAGCGGCUUGCGCCGUGACGUUCACGCGGUACUUUGGCUAUGCAAUGAAUUGCGGUCUACCACACCUUUACCAGCGUUUGCUGCAGAUGGUCCUCGACCCCAUUAUUGCAGCCUUGGUAUUUGCAGUUACGACCUUCUGCUGGGCAUUGGUGGCAUAUCACAUGUGGGCGAAGCCCUCGAAAUGA